UGGCUGAGCGGGGACUCGAACCCGGAUCGUCCGAGUCCCAGGCCCAUGCUCUUAACCACUGCAGCACUUGAGGGUAUCCUUGGCAAAACGUGGCCAGAAAUUAAGAACUGGGACACAUGUUGUCUGGUGACUCAUGUUCGGGUUGUGUAAGGAUCCUGCUGGACUUGCUCCUGAUUUCAAGUUAUGUCACAGGGUUUUCGGGAACCGCCUAAUCCUAGGCCGCCUGUGUUCCAUCUAGCCCGGUAUUGCCAACACUGACUGGCAGGAGCGGCAGCUUUUCAGAAAGGAUUCUUUGCUAACCUUCUCUGCAGACACGGAGUAGUGAGCCAGGUGUCUUGCAGCGGAAACGGCUGCUCUGCCGCUGAAUCUGCUGUGUCGGGGCAUGUCGUCCUUGGCAGGGAUCCCAUGUGUGAGGAGAAGUUGCUGUUUUGCUGCUUUUGUACUCUCUGGGAUCACAGGUUGGGAAGUGGCGAUGGCACAGGCAGCUCAGUCAGUCUGUGGUUCACAGAGGCUGCACCUCUCAAAUGCCCCAGUCACAAAUUCUGGCACUUGAUGAGGAUGAAACCUUUUAAAGGGAUGUUAGAAGGUCCCCUUACCUGGCCCUUUGACUUAUUUAUGGCUUUUAUAUACCAUUCUUUCUGCAAAAAAAAAUACACUCUCAGAACAGUGUAUAUGCCCCUUUUUGGUCCAGAGGGACAGGAACAAUUGGAGAGCUUCUGUGAAGCUGGCAAUUUUCAUCACAAAGUUAAAAAAUUAAAACCGCUUGCAACUUUUUCUUGCAUUUGAGCAGAAGAUGCCUUCUGAGAAACCUCAGCUGGAAGGCAGCCUUCAGGAACAGAGCCAUGGUACUGCCGGGAGCAGUUUGGGUGAGGCAGAAGGUGCGGCGGCUGCGCAGGGAGACGACCUGCCUGCCAGUGAGACUCACGUGGGCCCCCGCCAGGAUGCACUUGCCUUCGAGAGCAGCUUUCCUGCACCAGCAGCCGAUGCUCCUUUUGGGGCACCCAGGAAGGGACCCCUGCUGCUUAUUGACCGGCAGCAGAUCCAGUCUGUGCAGGCGGAGGAGCUCCGAGGCUUGGGUGUCGAUGUUUACGACCAGGACGUGCUGGAGCAAGGAGUCCUUCGGCAGGUUGACCAUGCCGUGCACGAAGCAAACAAGGCGGUGCAGGUCGCCAGCGCGAAAACAGAGCUCCGGUCUGUGUUGGAUGACGCGAGGUCAUGUAAAGCAUCCUUGAAAGGAAUUGACGCCAUUAUUGAGCAAUUCACUCCUCAAGCUGCCUCGAACAAAGAUAUUAAGAGAAAGUUAGAUUCUGUGAAGCGGCAAAAAUACAACAAGGAGCAGCAGCUGAAAAAAAUCAAAGCGAAGCAAAGGCACCUUCAAGUGAUUCUAGGCGAAGAGGUCCUCGAUGGACCAGGUGAGGAUGCUUCCGAAGAAGAUGGAGACCCCGGCCCCUCAUCCCUCGGCAGCAUGCUUAUGCCAGCCCAGGAAACGGAAUGGGAGAAGCUGAUCCGAACUGGCCAGAUGACCCCCUUUGGAACACAGAUACCCCAGAAACAAGAGAGGAAGCCCCGCCAGAUAAUGUUAAACGAAGCCUCUGGCUUUGAAAAAUACUUGGCGGAUCAAGCAAAGCUCUCGUUUGAACGGAGGAGGUCAUCUGUUCAGAAGGGGGCCAAGCAGAAAGCUCCUGUACAGAAGGGUCAGUCCAAAGCUCCAGCACGUCCCCCGAAAGGCAAGGGAAGCAAGAGGAAAGCUCUGUCGAAAACGGACAGCCGCCUGCAGAGGCGCAUGAGAAAGCUGCAGAGCCACGUGCUUCAGAUCCGGGCAAAGGCCAGCGUCCCCAGGGCCAAGGGAACGGAGGGAGCCGAGCAGCAGGAGGACGGCACAGAGCCAGAGAGCCUGCCCGAUGAAGGCCUCGGCAGUCCCGAGGAGGAAGAGGGAAGCUUUCAGGACAGUGAUGGGGAUGAGUACAGAGUGAGCCCUGUCCCACGGGGGAAGAAGCCCUCACUAAUGCAGACUUUGCACGAAGAGGAAAUUGCGGGAUCCGACUUCCUCACCAGCUCUGAGGAGGAGGAGGAGGAGGGCAUUGUUGGGAAGCGGAAAAUCAAGAGAUACAGAGAUGACGGUGAUGAGGAUUCCUAUAAACAAAGGUUAAGGAGGUGGCACAGACAGCAGCUGAAAGAGCGAGAGGACCGGCGGAAGGCUGGCGAGGAGUCUGAUGAAAGUGAUGCUGAAUUUCUCGAGGGCUUUAGAGUCCCAGGUUUUCUCUUCAAAAAGCUUUUCAAGUACCAGCAGACGGGAGUGCGGUGGCUGUGGGAGCUGCACUGCCAGCAGGUGGGGGGAAUCCUGGGCGAUGAAAUGGGGCUGGGCAAGACCAUCCAGAUCAUCGCCUUCCUGGCAGGCCUGAGCUACAGCAAGAUCAGGACUCGCGGCUCCAAUUACAGGUACAGAGGACUCGGUCCGACGGUGAUUGUGUGUCCGGCCACCGUAAUGCACCAGUGGGUGAGAGAGUUCCAUACUUGGUGGCCGCCGUUCAGGGUUGCAGUCCUGCACGAGACGGGUUCCUACGCCAGCAAGAAGGUGAAGCUGAUUCGGGAGAUGGUCGCCUGCAGCGGCAUUGUGAUAACCUCCUACUCGUACGUUCGCUUGCUGCAAGAGAACAUGUGCAGCUAUAACUGGCAUUACGUGAUCCUGGAUGAGGGACACAAAAUCCGGAAUCCGAACGCUGCGGUUACACUCGCUUGUAAACAGUUCUGCACGCCGCAUCGGAUCAUCCUGUCCGGGUCGCCCAUGCAGAACAACCUGAAGGAACUGUGGUCCCUCUUCGAUUUUGUAUUUCCGGGAAAACUGGGCACACUGCCCGUCUUUAUGGAGCAAUUCUCUGUUCCGAUCACCAUGGGAGGGUAUGCCAAUGCCUCCCCAGUCCAGGUAAAAACGGCAUACAAGUGCGCAUGUAUUUUACGUGACACCAUCAACCCAUAUUUGCUGCGGAGGAUGAAGGGUGAUGUCAAGAUGAGCCUCUCGCUGCCCGAUAAAAACGAACAGGUCCUGUUCUGCCGACUGACAGCUGAGCAGCACGAAGUUUACAAAAGCUUUAUCGAUUCCAAGGAAGUCUAUCAGAUUCUCAACGGAGACAUGCAGGUUUUCUCUGGUCUGAUAGCCCUGAGGAAGAUCUGCAACCACCCGGACAUCUUCACGGGGGGCCCCAAGAUCUUGAAGGGCGUGUCUGAUGAGGAACUAAGUGAAGAGGAGCGCUUCGGGUUCUGGAAACGUUCUGGGAAGAUGAUCGUUGUCGAGUCUCUGCUGAAAAUUUGGCACAGGCAGGGGCACCGGGUUCUCCUUUUUUCUCAGUCUAGGCAGAUGCUGCAUAUCCUGGAAGCGUUUCUGCAGCAGAGGGGCUACUCCUACCUCAGAAUGGACGGCGCCACAACCGUCGCCUCGAGGCAGCCGCUGAUCGCCAGGUACAACGAGGACAAAUCCAUAUUUGUGUUUCUGCUUACAACCCGAGUCGGCGGGCUUGGGGUUAACCUGACCGGAGCCAACCGAGUGAUCAUCUACGACCCCGACUGGAAUCCCACUACCGACACCCAGGCUCGAGAGCGUGCGUGGAGAAUCGGCCAGACGAGAGAGGUGACGGUGUACCGGCUCCUCACCGCGGGCACCAUUGAAGAAAAGAUCUACCACAGACAAAUCUUCAAACAAUUUCUAACAAACAGAGUGCUGAAAGAUCCAAAGCAGAGGCGCUUCUUCAAAUCCAACGAUCUGUAUGAACUCUUCACUUUGAGCAGCCCGGACAACAUGCAGGGGACCGAAACCAGCGCCAUCUUCGCAGGCACCGGCUCUGAUGUUCCUCAGCCGAAGCCUCGGUCGAAGCGGAAGGCUCCAGGCUUCUCUGGUGCUGCUGGAAGACGCCACCCGGCAGAGCGUCCCUCGCCCGCCGGCGCCAAGCUGCCAGGCUGCCCCUCAGCGCACCCAGGCGCUGUGCCAGCAACUGCCCCCGCAGAACCCAGUGGAGGCAUCCCGGGAAGCACAGAAGCAUCCUUGCCUGGUCUCCCAGAACACGACGCUCCGGCUGAGGCAGAGUCCUUCGCUAGAGUGGAGGAGAGGCCGCUGGGGCCAGCAGAGGGAGCGCCGCCUGGAGCGCCGCCCGAGGACGAGCGGGGCCCUGCGGAUGCGGGUUUGCCGCACGCCGCACCCAGAGGGGAGUCUCGUGUAGGUGCUGGCGGGCAGGAUAGCCUGGCGGAGAAGAAGAGUGGCCCCUUCGAGGGGCAGGGGGGCGAUGUGCGAGCAGACGGCAACGGCAGGCACGCUGUGGGAGCCAGGCGCCCCGAGGGCAGGCCGAGGAAGCCCAAGCGUGUCCGAGAUGCCAAGUUCGAGGGCGAGCGCAUUCCUCACCUGGUGAAGCAGAGAAAGUACCGGAAGCAAGACCAGGAGGAGGAGGAGGAACAGAAAGAGUCAAAGAAAACUGAUGACUAUGUUUUGGAGAAGCUUUUCAAAAAAUCAGGAAUACACAGCGCGAUGGAACACGACGCAAUCAUGGAUGCCUCCAGCCCCGAUUACGUGCUCGUGGAAGCGGAAGCGAGUCGCGUGGCUCAGGACGCCCUCGGGGCCCUCAGGGUCUCUCGGCGGCAGUACUGGGGAGCCGCUUCGGCUGCCCCCGCCUGGACGGGCGCCGCUGGCCGGCCUGCGAGAGGAAAAAGCAGGUUCGGCCAGAAGAGGAACCCGCGCUUGGUGACGCCCUCUUCUCCGUCUCCCGCCCCAGGGAAGAAAUGCAAGGAGGACGAGGGUGGGGGAGAAGAGAACAGCAAGAAAAAUGCUUCCGCUGCUCACCUUGAGGGGAAAGUGGAAGCCGGCGAGUCGUCGUCCUCCAGCAUGCUGAGCUCCUCGUCCUUGCUGGCUAGGAUGCGGGAGAGAAAUCACCUCAUUAUGCCCCAGAGAACGGGGGAGGAAGCCCCCCCGGGGCCAGGGGGCGCUCCUCCAGCGGCCACGGCGCAUGACGAGCUGCUGGUGGAUAUCCGAAACUUUCUGGCCUUCCAGGCCCAUGUGCCCGGUCGGGCCAGCACGCAGGAAAUCCUGCACGAGUUCGAGUCGAAGCUGACAGUGCAACAGUCCUGUGUCUUCCGGGAGCUCCUGAGAAACCUCUGCACUUUCCACAGGCAGUCAAAUGGGGAGGGACUCUGGAACCUGAAGCCGGAGUUCUCCUGACGGCUCUGCUGGGGGGUGCUGCUUGCACCCCUUCUUCCAGGUCCAGGGAUGACAUUUCCCUUGCAAUGAAUUUCACAGAGUUUGGUCAUUCCAUUAAUGUCGGCAGGGGCUCUUUUGACUCCUGUUAUCUUUGGUGCUUCCUAUCCUGGGUGAAAUUGUCAAGCAUUCCGUGGAAAUUCAGACAGACGGGAAACAGGCAGCCCAGUCCAAAAAGAAAACCGGCAGCGAAGCCUCUUUCCAGACACCAGGUCUAGGAUUGGAGCCCAGGCGCGGCUGAACAGACGGCAGUGUCUGAGAGAGCAGGACAAGGCAAACCCGCGGAGCCAUUUUCAAGCCCGAGGGACUGGCGGGAAGCCCCACGACGACUCCAGACCUCGCUCAGGGUGGGGGAGAUGCUGUGCGGAGCUUCCCGGGCCGAGCGCCGAGGGAGCUUCUGUGGCACUCGGCCCUCGUGUGAGGUGCGCAGGAGGGCCGGCCAGGAGGCGUGCUGGGUGGAGGGGCGGCGUGGUUGCUUGCCCGGACGGAGCUGCCGUCCGGUCGGAAGGGGCCGUGUUCAUGGCGGGGCAGAGCCCUGCCCGCGUGUUAGGGCUCCGCCAACAUUAAAGCCGCCUGUCGCGGGCGUCCCGUGGGCAGCCUCAUCUUUGACCGAGCGGCAGCUUUGUGCGCUGGGGAUAAGGCGGCCUCAGGGAGUCCUCUGGCCGCGCUGGGCUGGGCAGAGCGGCUUCUGAGCAAGGUGCCCUGGGCAUCGUUUCCGGACUGGCGCGCAAGAAGACGUGGCUUGACUUGGACUCUGGCCUUGCCCUUGGAUCCUGCCGGAAAGGCGCUGCGCUGACGGGGCCGAGCCCGCGCUCCUGCAGACUGCGCCCCCGAUGGGGGGCCAGACACCUCCCUCACGGCAGCCCUGCCUUCAUUUCAAGGUGCACCGAGCGCUUCGGUUUUGUUUUGACCCCAUUCAGUAAAUGCAGAUACCUGUUUACUAAGCAGAGAAGAAUCGGAA